GCUUCUUUUUGCCUGCACAGAGGUCGGAAGUGGUGAGGGCGGGGCCGGCGGUGAGUAGCAAAGUCGGAAGACCUGCUAAGAUGCUGCUGGAUUUGUCCGAGGAGCACAAGGAGCACCUGGCCUUCCUGCCGCAAGUGGACACGGCGGUGGUCGCCGAGUUCGGGAGGAUCGCGGUGGAGUUCCUCCGACGGGGAUCUAACCCGAAGAUCUACGAAGGCGCUGCCAGAAAACUCAAUGUGAGUAGUGAUACUAUCCAGCAUGGUGUGGAAGGACUAACAUAUCUCCUCACUGAGAGCUCAAAGCUCAUGAUUUCUGAAUUGGAUUUCCAAGACUCUGUUUUUGUUCUGGGAUUCUCUGAGGAACUGAACAAAUUAUUGCUUCAGCUCUACCUGGACAACAGAAAGGAGAUCAGAACUAUUCUGAAUGAGUUAGCACCCCGUCUUCCCAGUUACCAUAGUCUUGAGUGGCGGCUAGAUGUACAGCUUGCAAGCAGAAGUCUCCGGCAACAAAUUAAACCAUCAGUGACUCUCAAGCUGCACCUCGAUCAGAAUGGCGACCACAGCACUCAUAUUUUGCAGACAGACCCAGCUACCCUGCUUCAUUUGGCUCAGCAGCUGGAGCAGGCCUUGGAGGAAAUGAAAACCAACCACUGCAGGAGAGUCGUCCGCAGCAUCAAGUAGCUCUGAAGCUCACCUCCAGUUGGCAGCACAGAACUGGCCGUGGUGCAUCUGGGUUUCAUGGCGUUUCUUUCCUGCUCAGGAUGUUGAACCCUUGAUCAGGAGCUGAACUACAGUUCCUUUUUGGUGCCUAGUACAGUCAGCUUCCUGACAGGUUGAAAGCAUUUUUUAUUUUACGUGGGUAAAUAGGAUGGACCAACUAAAAUGAAUCAGUACUGUUCCUGAUUUCUGUGUAUAUGUGACUCUUAUGACUUGGGUAUUUUUUCAUCUACUUUAUUUCCUUUGACCUUGAUAAAAAUUUGAAAAUAAAAAACUGGAAGUGGUGAAAAGCUAUAAAUUCUCAAAACCUGCCCCAAUGACAUAUUUCCUCCAUCAAAGUUCACAGCAUCUCCAAACACUGCCAGCUAGGGGCCAAAUGUUCAAACACAUGAGCCUGUGGGAGACAUUCUACCAGUAAUGUCUCUGUUUUCUGAUUUGAGUUUGUCACUUUUCUCUUUUCUAUUUUUUUUUUUUAAUUCAAUGAACAUUUGAAUUCCUUUAAGAUACAACUUAGGAUGAGCAUGCCUUCCACAGUUACUACACGAUUUUGCAUAGUUUCGUUAUUGAUUUGCUUAUUUGAAUAUGUAAGCCUUUCCUUGCUAAUAUCAACUACUCAGUCAGUUUUUAGGAGGACAAAUAUAAUCUGAUAAGACAACCAAUACCCAUGCAUUCGAAACUUCAGACUGAUAUUUAAAACAACUUCUUCAUAUCUUUGCCAUGGUUUUUCUCAGACAUUUUUUGUCAACAUGUUUAAGCCAGAAAUAAUCAUACAUGUUUCAUAAUUUGACCACAUCCACCUCCUUUUUUUAAAUAUAAACCAGUCUGUAGUUCAGGCAUUAUUUUAUAAUUUGUAAACCAAAAUUUCUUCGUCAUUAAUGUCUACUUCAGGAUUUCUCCCAAGAAAACUGUUCCUGUUCACAUCUAA